AUGUGGCGUGCAUUACUGCUAGCGGCCAUUUUGUUUCACCGGGGCCACGGUAUACCAAAUCGCGUUGUGGACGUGACCACAACUUGUGACAAAAGCUCUAUUAGCAUCCAGGUUACUAUGGAGCAGCCUUUCAAGGGUCUUUUAUUCAGUAAAGACUUCUCUAGAGAAUGCCGUGUCCAAGGACAGAAGCAAAAAACGGUGUCGAUAAAUCUACCCUCCAACGCGUGUGGUGUGAGAACAUCGACGCUGAAUACGACAGUCAACGAGCCGGAUGAUAAAGAGGAUCUCUACUAUAAUGUGGAACUUGUAUUACAGAUGGACAAGCAGCUCCAACAAUCCACUGAUCAGGACAUAACAGUAAGGUGUAAGUUAAAACCACGCGCAGUUAGGAUAAAUAGCCCGGCGUUGGAAGGGGUCAUUACAACUAAGUUGCGAGAAAUGACAAUUUCUGAAAGGAAAAAAGUCAGGACGGGUCGAAAUCGUCAAGGUUGGGAUAACCCGGUCGAAUUGGAACAAAGAGAUUUUCUUAUGGAAUCAGCUCGUGCUUGGAUGGAGUUAGCACCGACGAUUUCUGGCUCAGAACCUGCGACAGUUGAAGUUGGUCAACCUACGAGACUGCUUAUACAGUGCACAUUGCCAGUUGGCGUUGGUCUUCGAGUGACAAACUGCGUCGCUCAUGAUGGCUUAGGAGAAGCAUCCCAAAAGCUCCUGGACGAAGCGGGGUGUCCCAUUGAUGAAACUAUUUUUAACAAGCCAUCAAUACAUCGACACAAGCAUAAAGGAACUGAAAUUGACUUUAACGACCUAGAACCAGUUGAUAAAGAGAGAGACAAAGACGAUCAAGAUUUAAAAUCUAAAUCCGACCCAGAAUUUAUGUUUAGAAAUGUAAUGACGUACCAACAUGCAGUUACAACAUUUGCCGCUUUUAAAUUUCCUGAUAGAGCAAAGCUACAUUUGUCUUGUGGAAUAGAAUUGUGUAAGGGACCAUGCCCUGACAUCGAUUGUAAAGCUCUCUUAAAACCACAGAGGACAAAAGAAGGUCUAGUGAGGAAAGCCAGACUGGAUAAAGAAGCUAAAGGCAAUGUCAUAGAUCGGCUAGAAGUUUAUAAUAGCAUAGAAGUUCUGGCGCCAAAUAUAGAAUUGGAAGAUGAGGCAUCUAUACGUGGUUCUAGAAGAGUAGAAGGCGAAGAAGAAUUUAUACGAGGAUUUUCACCGGGAGACAAGACCAUAUGUUUAUCGCCUGGGAAAAUGGCUCUUGCUUUCUGCGUCUUAGGUGUCAUUUUCUUAUGCGCUAUAGCGGUAGCAUUUGCAUCACUUGUGAGGGCGAGACGACGAUCUGCCCACGAACCGGCGCAUACAUCUCUCUCUUUCUACACUGGAAGUAAGAGUGUGUUCUCUUCUAGCGAGAGUUCUAGUUCUGGAUUGAGUGGAAGUAAACUGCUUUUAACAGAUAGUCCGUACAUGGAUCACCAUUCGUCUUCGAGCAAUAAUUGGCCAUAUCCUAGACCCUUUUAA